AUGACCUACUCGUCGUUCUCCAGUGACCGGCCCGUCGGAGGCGGGAGGAAGAGCGCGGCCGCCGAGGCAUGGUCGCCGUCGGCGGAGGACGCGCUGGGCUUCGUGCUGGCGGUGAAGGCGGCGUUCAAGGACCGGCACCCGGACAAGUACCACCUCUUCCUCCGCGUCAUGGACGACUUCCGGAACCAGCGGGUCGGCAUCGACGAGGUGACGUCCACCGCCGCGGCCCUGUUCCGGGACAGCCCCGAGCUGGCGCUGGGCUUCAACGUCUUCCUGCCCAAGGGCCGCAGGAUCCAGGUCGGGGUCGACGAGCUCGCCGCCUACUUCAUCCGGGACAUGAACCUGGACGACGGCGGCGGCCAUUGAUCGACUCCAUACGUCCAUCCAUUGCUCCAUAAGUUGAUGUGUGACUGUGUCUGCGUGUGCUCACCACAUCAUUAUAUUGCCUCCGUUGGCCGAAUUGCCUCAUCUUCUUGUGGCCUUGUGCUCACCACAGAUCAUCAUCUUCCUGUUUUCCAUGCAUCUAUCUUUUUUUCUUCUUGUUUCCUAUUGUAGACCCUGACGUCGCUGUCGCAUGUACAUAUCGAUAUCAUGAGCU